GAUGGGGUCCCACUUCUCUCCUAUACUCUGCUUUCAUCAUCUCUUGUCUCUCUCUCCCCCUCUCUCAAAUAAGACUGAAGAAACCCUAUAUACCCACACUCUCUCUGCUUUUGUCUCCAUAUCGAGUGUGUGUCCUCAAAGCCUCUUCUCUUGGACGGUUCUUUUGAAAAGUCUCUCCCUUUCGAAUUCCUUGACUGACAAUGCGUGGUGGGUCAGAGCUGGAGCUCAGGAAGAGUAAUCUUCCGGCUGAGAGCGACCUGGAGCUGGGGUUAGGACUCAGCCUCGGCGGUGGCGCGUGGAGAGAGCGUGGAAGGAUUCUAACGGCUAAAGAUUUUCCUUCUGUUGGGUCUAAACGAGCUGCUGCUGACUCUUCCUCCUCUCACCAUGGAGCAUCUCCUCCUCGUUCAAGCAGUCAGGUUGUGGGAUGGCCACCAGUGGGGUCACACAGGAUGAACAGUUUGGCUAACAAACAAGCUAUGAAAGCUGAACAAGGAGAAGGAAAAGAAGAGGGCAAGAAGGAAGAUGAGCCUAAAGAUGUCUCAGUGAAGGUAGUUGAGGGUUCAGGGUUUGUGAAAGUGAAUAAGGAUGGAGUUGGUAUUGGAAGGAAAGUGGAUGUGAGAGCUCAUUCGUCUUAUGAGAAUUUGGCUCUGACGCUUGAGGAAAUGUUCUUUGGAAGGACAGGUACUGCUUCUGUGGAAAAGGUGAAAGCUUUGAGACUUUUAGACGGAUCAUCGGAGUUUGUACUCACUUAUGAAGAUAAAGAAGGUGAUUGGAUGCUUGUGGGUGAUGUUCCAUGGAGAAUGUUUAUCACUUCGGUGAAAAGGCUUCGGAUCAUGGGAACCUCAGAAGCUAGUGGACUUGCAGCUCCAAGACAUCAAGAACAGAAGUAGAGAGACAAAGAAACAGCCCUGUUUAGCUUCUCUUCAAAAGCUAGCAUUGACAUGGUUUUUUGGUUUGGCAAGUUGCUCAAUAAGUAUACAUAAAUGUUGAAGCUUAGAUUUUGAUAUAUUAAUCCUGUUCGUGUCAGAGAGAAUGGUUUUGAUAUGUAUUUUCUUGCUCUCAUAAUGUAAAUAGUUGAAGCUAUCUAAAUGUGAUAUGAGUUCUAUUUU